AUGACGCGCGCCGCCAAGGCCGACGCGGCCACCGCCAAGGCCCUGGACGCCGCCCGGGCGCUUGCUGCCCAGGACCGGGCGGCUGCCGCGGCUGCCCUUGCCUCGCCAACCUCCUCUGGCCCGAGCCCCCUCCCUGCACAGAUGGAUCUGCACUCCACCAUGCUCCUUCGGGAGGCCGCUGCCCUCCUGAACCUGCACACCCAGGUGGUGGCCAUCAACAACAUCCGCAGCCUCAUCCCGAUCGUCCUCGACGUCGACUCCGGCAACUUCGGUCGCUGGCGUGAUCAGUUCUUGCUCACUCUUGGUAAGUUCUCGCUUCAGGAUCACGUCGACCUCGACGCACCAAUCCUCUCUCCGGAUUGGGCUCGGGUGGAUUGCGUGGUUAAGUACUGGAUCCUCGGCACCCUCGCCGAUGACCUCGCCGAGGUCAUCUCCUCUCAGGGCUCGACCGCCAGAGACGCCUGGCUUGUCGUCGAGUCCCAGUUUCUCGGGAACAGGGAGGCUCGCGCCAUCCAGUUGGAGACGAAGUUUUGCAACUUCUUCCAAGGCGACCUCUCCAUCUCCGAGUACUGUUGCCGUCUCAAGAAGAUGACUGAUGACCUUGGGGCCCUCGGUGAAAUCAUCACCAACCGCACGAUCGUCCUGAACGUGCUCCGCGGCCUCAACGACAACUUCGCCCAUGUCGGGGCCAUCCUUCGGCGCAGUCGGCCCUUCCCCUCCUUGUUGGAGGCCCGCGACGAUCUCAUUCUUGAGGAGAUCACCAUGGAGAACUGGCAACCUUCGCCGGCUGCCACCCUCGCCGCCUCCACCAGGACUGCGGCCGCUUCUUCUCCAGCCAGCUCCGGUUCCGGGGGCGCCGACACCGGUGCCGGCUCCGGCUCCGGGGGCGCCAACACCAGCUCCAAGGGAAACAACAGCCGCCGCAGCAAGCGUGGCGACAAUGGUCGCGGCAGUGGCGGUGGUCCUGGCGCUGGUGGGAGCGGCUAG